CCAGUCGCACGCGUGCUAGGCAUUCUGCUGCAGUCCCAGUCGUGAAAUCCGGCUUGCCCAACUUACUUCGCACUCCACAUCAUGGCGAACAAGAUUUGCAUUAUUGCCACCAGCUGUGACAAGAUUGGUGAUGAGCCUACCGGCGCAUGGGCGGAGGAGGUGGUGGCACCCUACCGCCUGUGGCAGAAGCACGGAUACUCCGUUACCAUCGCAUCCAUUAAAGGUGGCAAGGUGCCCGUGGACCCGACCAGUAUGGCGGCGCCCCACGCCACCAAGGAGGUGGAGGAGUUCCUGCUGGAUGACGAGGCGAUGAAGGGCCUGAUGGAGAGCACCCCCCUGGCUGACAUCAAGGCUGCUGACUUUGAUGCCUUUUUCCUGGCGGGCGGCCACGGCACCGUGGGCGACUUCCCAAACGAUGCCAACCUGAUUGCGCUGCUGGAGGCGGCGGCGGCGGCUGGCAAGGUGAUUGGCUCUGUUUGCCAUGGCGCCGAGGGCCUUGUCAAUGUCAAGGGGCCGGACGGCAAGCCGCUGGUGGCGGGCAAGCGCAUGACCGGCUUCUCAGACAAGGAGGAGGUCGCGGCUGGCAAGGACAAGGUUGUUCCCUUCCUGCUCGAGUCCAAGCUGCGCGAGCACGGUGCGCUGUUCGAGACCGCCGCGGACCUCUGGGCUCCUCAUGCGGUGGCUGACCACAAGCUGGUCACAGGCCAGAACCCUGCCAGUUCCUCUGCUGUGGCCAAGCUACUUGCGGAGGCACUUAGCAGCUGAGGACACCGGCGCCCGCCGGCACUACUCUGGAGCAGGAGUAGGGGCAGAGUUGGCACCUAGGACCUUGGCUGGGGUAUAGGACGGAACCAUUUGGUCGUGUGUGGGAGCUGGAGACGAUAUGCGCGUAGAACCGCCCAUGGCACCGAUAUGCUAAAUGUACACGAGUGCUGUUGAACUAUUGGAUUGUUGCAAAGUCCACGAAGUGGCGCUGUUGCCGCCGGUUUGCACGAAAUUGAGCCAGGGGCGGGUGGGUGUACCCAAUAUUUGCUCCCUUCAAUUGCUUUCAACCUCUUCUAAUGCAUGAGUACUUUCAAGUUAUACUGUCGAGUAAUUUGCGCGUCCCAUGAGGGGCCCCAAGGCCCCCCCCCCCCCAUCUCGUCCAGGCGUCCGGCCCCGCAUAGGACAGGGCAGGACAGGGCCAUGGGUCAUGGGCCGACAUGGGCCGUCAUUACUCCAAAUGCGCUGGUGCAUUAGUAUACGAGUAGGCCACACGGACCAGUACGCCACCGAGUGGCCGUUUGCACCGCGCUCAGCGUGCCGGAUGCCAUGUCCUACAGUGCCCUCCACAAAUGGGACAUGCCCCCACGGUAUUAGGGCCAUCCAUGGCUCUCGCCAACGCCGCGUCCCCACACGCCAAAGCAAUGUGUUGAGUUUGCGCCUCGCACAGACGGACCACUCAGGACGGCGCAAGAGGGCUAGCGCUACGACGGAUCAACCUAUCUAGCUCCUCACAUCACGGACCUAGGCCGGACGGCUGGGGAGGACAGGCCCAACCUGUCCUCCAUACUCUGCACACACACGCUGCAGCACACACACCAAUCACUCGCUAUCGCUAUACAGGCACUGCCAUCAAUCCGGGUCAAUCCAGAGACGGCCUGGCUCAGCGCAGCGCAUGGCCAUGGCGGUGAUAAGCGGUGAUGAGGCGGAUGUUUGCUGCAGCACAAAGGUCGCGGCCAGAACGUUCUGAAGUCGGUUCAGCAAGUUUCGGCAAGUUCAUCGUAGAUGCUCGUCAGUGAUGGGGAAGAGGAAGAGGCACCCUGAGGCACGCCCAAGCAGGGGUCAACCCGACGGGAAGAAACCGCACCCACGCCCUACCCUUCCACGCCCUUUGCAAUCCCCCGAAUGCUCAGA